AUGGCGCCCUCGACAAAAUCAGAACCAUUCCCGGAGCUCAGCUCGGCCGCAGACCGCCAAUUACACUCCGAGGCCACCGCAGCCCGUCGCCGCAGAAAGUCGAGCGGCCUUGGACAAGCCUUGCGCGUCGGUGACACUGGCGCACCCGCCUUGGCCACCAGUCUUGCCCUCUCACAGAAGGAUUCCAAAGAUGUCGCCGCAGCACCAGGCAAGAAAUUCUCCAAGCGGCGCAAGGCGCGCUCCCUCCUCCGCCGCGCCAGAAACUAUGCGAUCAAGCACACCUGGGCCUUGCCCUUGGCCCUCCUGAUGGCCUUCCUAGCUCUCUACGCCAUCAACCCGACCGAGAGCAACCCGAUCCACCACUUCAUCUUCCUCUCGUACAAGCUGCCGACCUCGAGCGCCGAUGAGAUCCCGCAAUAUGGCAAGGGUCUCUGGGAUAUCGCCUUUGUAUCCUUCUAUACCGUCGUUCUAUCCUUCACCCGCGAGUUCAUCAUGCAGGAGGUUCUGCGCCCCAUGGCGCGCUGGGCCGGCCUCAAGUCGCGCGGAAAGCAGGCUCGCUACAUGGAGCAAAUGUACACGGCCCUCUACUUUGGAAUCAUGGGACCCGUUGGCAUGUACGUCAUGAGCCACACGCCCGUCUGGUACUUCAACACCGUCGGCAUGUACGAGAACUUCCCGCACAAGACCCAUAUGGCUUGUUUCAAGUUCUACUACCUCUUCCAGGCCGCCUACUGGGCGCAGCAGGCCAUUGUGCUUCUCCUGGGAAUGGAAAAGCCCCGCAAGGACUUCAGGGAGUUGGUCUGCCAUCACAUUGUCAGCUUGGCCUUGAUCGGCUUGAGCUACCGCUUCCACUUCACCUACAUUGGUCUUGCCGUGUACAUCACCCACGAUAUCAGUGAUUUCUUCUUGGCGACAUCCAAGACUCUUAACUAUCUCGACCACGUGCUCACCGGGCCUUACUACUUCACCUUCAUGUGCGUGUGGAUCUACCUGCGCCACUACCUCAACCUGCGCAUUCUCUGGAGUCUGUUCACCGAGUUUAAGACCGUCGGCCCUUACGAGCUCAACUGGGAGACUCAGCAGUACAAGUGCAACAUCUCCUUCGUCAUCACGCUCGCCCUGCUCGGGUCCCUCCAGGCCCUCAACCUUUUCUGGCUGUUCUUCAUCAUCCGCAUCGCCUACCGCUUCGUUGUACAUAAGGUUGCCAAGGAUGACCGCAGCGAUGAUGAGUCAGAGUUGGAAGAAGAGGUCGGAAACCAGAAUGAUGUCAAGUCUUUUGACUAA